UGAUGUCUGCCACUUGACUGAUAAAAGGUUUAUGUGAAACAACAGAACAAGGCGGCUCUCAUGGGACUAACUCUUGUCUAUUCAUAUAUAGAUAUAUCUUUUUGUAGUUGUUUUUUUGACCGGAACUGUUGCAAAAUUGCAUUUUUGUUGUAGUGAUCUAUGAUGCUCUCUCUAUAUAUUGUCCGCAAGCCUUUACUUGAUCUCUACAACCAUAAGCUCCUCCUCCUCCUCAUUCCCCAACCUCUAAAGAACAGUUAGAGCACCAUGAACCAGAAAUUCAAGAAAUCCCAAAUUCUAAUGCUUUCUCUAUUAGCUGCAUUACUUUCUAUCACACCCUUCUUAUCAUCCUCACUAAGGCCUGCUUAUCUCUACUUCAUCUUUAAUCUUCUCAUUAUAGCACUUGCUGUCGAAGCCGGCUUCCUCUCGGUUUUGUCCAAGCCAUUGGAGGAAAAAAGGCCUGCUGUUUCUGCUGCAACCAAGCCUUUGGUAGCUGGAUCAGCACAAGAAGGCUCUGCUGAGGCUAAGGCCAGUGUCCUUGAAUUCAGUGAGAAGGCUGGGCCGAAAGUUAUGGAGAAAUCGUCGUCAGAGAAAGUUGUGAGUUUGAGUAUGCUGGAUAAAGAAGUGAAGAAGUGUCCUUCCAUGCCUAGCCUUUUCUUCAUUGGAGGUGGUGAGAUUGAAGCUGAAGAAGUGGCUGCAGAGGAGAUGGAGUGUGAAGGGGAAGAAGAUGAAGAAGUCAUGGUUCCUAGUGGACAAGAGUUGUUCACCAAAGCUGAGAUUUUCAUUGGGAAUUUUUACAAACAGUUGAAGAUGCAGAGGGAAGAAUCAUGGAAGAAGAUUCAUGGGUUUUAUCAGAAAGCAUUCUAGGAAUUGUUUUAUGCUUGCACAAUCUUGUCUAUCAUACGAUUAAUCAGUCUUAGGAUCAUUGGUCUCAUUGGGGUAUGUAGAUAUUUCUGUUUCUACUAGUUUGUAGCAGAAGUGAUCAUGCUUGUCAUUUCUAUUUCUCUUCACAUACAAUUCCUAAUUAUGUAAAUUGUUCAUGUUUAAAUCUUUCAACAGCAGUUCAGAUAAAGUUGUUU